AUGACGCAACGCAGCGUAUGGAUAGACCGAAUCAUGAGCGGAACACAACGUGGAAGAGGCGGCUCUUCUGCCCGCUUCGGUGCGCUCUUGGAGCGGAAUGCUCACGGGACAGCAGCUCCUGUAAUCAGGCACCCCAGUAGUGACAGGUUGAAGCUGGAGGUGCUGCUGUGGGUUCUCGUCUCUCUGCUGCCUGUAGUGGAAGGUGCCCAUAUGAGAGUUGCUGCCUCUAGUGGUGUAUCAGAUUCAGGCCAUGCUGUGGGCCUGCUGGGAGGCCAAGAGGAGAGAGAAUUUCCUGUGACACUGCCAGAGGUUGUGGAGGACAAGGAACAGGAAGAUGACAGCGACCCUUACUCCACUUGGCAUGCUCUUUACGAACCUUUCGUAGUGGGUGAGGUAGAUGACCAUCCCAACCGACGCUGGGUGGGGCGCUCUCCACGCUCCUCUGACCCCACAGAACUUCAACCCAAGGGAUCACAGAAAAAAAAAAAGAAGAGGAAGAAGAAAGAAAAGGAGGAAGAAGAAGAGACGGGAAAUGGCGAUCGGAAGGGUAAAAGCCAGCGUCCAAAGCAGAGCAGCAGAGACUGCCGUGUAGAGAAAAGAGAGAUGAGGGUUCGCGACCUGGGACUGGGUUUUGAUUCAGAUGAGAUUGUCCUCUUUAAGUAUUGUGUUGGCUCCUGCCAGUCCUCAAGAACAAACUAUGACCUGGCACUGAAGGCACUCCUGGAAAAUGGCUCGCUGCCUCGACGCACUUCUCGCAAGGUCAGUAACCACCCCUGCUGUCGGCCUGACCGGUAUGAGCCGGUUUCCUUCAUGGACGCCCAGACCACAUGGAGGACCAUCCAGUCCUUGUCUGCUGCCAGCUGCAUGUGCAUGGGCUGA